AUGUCUGAGAAAGAGUCUGUCAAUCUUGUUACAAAUACUUUGUCCCGUGGUUGUUCUACUCCAGAAGCUGAUCAGAACUCUCCCAGUAUCGAGCACAAAUCAACUGAGGCUUCAAUCAGAACUGACGAAAAGCUGUGUAGUGUUCAGACCGACCUGAAUAGUGUCCACAAUUGGUGUGAACGUACACUACUUCGACACAGAGAACACUUGGCUUUCGGCCAGCCCGGAGAGAGUCUAUCCUCGAGUAGUUUGGAAUCGUUCGCCCCUCAACCACAGUCUCCAGACAUGGAAGUAUUUGAGGAGACAUUUGAUGAUGAGCCUAUAAAACUUAACCAUUCCCAGAAGCAUUCGAACAUACGUUCUUGUCCAGUGGACUCAACCAUAGAAACGGAAAAAUCUAAUAAUGAACCAAUCAAGUUAUUUGUCGGUCAGCUACCUCAGUGGAUUGAAGAACAAGAUAUUCUGCCAUUGUUUGAAGGAUUUGGUCCAAUUCAUGAACUUGUCAUCUUAAGAGAUCGGUUCACAAAAACUCACAAGGGUAAGUAA